AAGUUCCAAGAAUUAAGUUUAUAUAUAGGAAGCAAUAGUAAUCAAGACUUGUUAGAAUUUGGUAUCAAAAAAUUUAUAAUUGAUUAUAAAACUCCAUUCUAUGCUGAAAUUUCUGAGCAGUGUGCAAUUAUUAAUA